UUGAAUGAGAGUGGGGCAGGUGCAUUCGCUCCGAGCCUCAUGAAUAGCCGCUUCCCAUUAGCCACGCGCGGCUCUGUGGCGCGCAUAAAUAAGAGCUGGCAGCGGUGAUAAAAAAGCGCACCUUGGGGCUUCCAACCCCUCCUCCUCCAUCUCGCUCUUUCUUUCUAUUUUUCCCCUCCCUCUCCGUCUCACUAAUGGGCUUCCUCGCAAUAUCAUUUAAAAGUACUUCUUUGAAGGCAGCGAGUAGAGUCGCGGGCUAUGAUAUUCUUUUCAAUUCUCUUUUUUCUUCGUCCUUUCAGAACAAAUCCGCUGAUCUGGCAGAGACGCGGGGGUGCAUCAAAGCUCCAGCUUGUACCGCAGAUAAUAAAUAAUUAGGAGCAGGAACCGAGGCAGCCUCUCUGCAGCGGAUCGUGUGCAGAUUUUUUUUUAUUUCUUUUUUUGUUUUUUCCUGUGGAAGUUGGACUGGUCCAGGACAAGGAGGAUGGUGAUGGGACACCCGGGCGGAGGAUGGAGAGGAGGACGGACUGUCCUGCUGUGGCUCGCUGCUGCCUGCUUAUUGGUGCUGACUGACGGACGCAGAUCCAGGCAGCCCAGAUGCCCCGUCGGAUGCACCUGCACUAAGGAUAACGCCCUGUGUGAGAACGUCCGAACCGUGCCGCACGCCUUCCCGUCCGACGUCGUCUCAUUAUCUUUCGUCAAGUCUGGAUUCAAUGAGAUCGCAGGAGCAAGCUUUGUUCACACACCUAACCUGCAACUCCUACUCUUCACGGCAAACUCCUUAGAUCUGAUUGAUGAAGAUGCUUUCGUGGGUUUACCACAUCUUGAAUACUUAUUCAUUGAAAACAAUAAAAUUGCAUCAAUAUCUCCAUUUGCUUUCCGGGGUCUCAAGACACUGCUACAUUUGAGUCUGGCUUACAACAACCUGGAAACGCUGCCCAAAGAUGUAUUCAGGGGUAUGGAGGCCUUGACCAAAGUGGAUCUGCGGGGGAACAAUCUGAUCUGUGACUGCAAGCUCAAGUGGCUGGUGGAGUGGAUGCAUCACACCAAUGCCACCCUGGACCAGAUCUACUGCAGCGGGCCACCCAUUCACCAAGGGAAGAAGAUCAAUGACCUGCUGCCACAUUCAUUUGACUGCAUCACCACAGAGUUUGCCUCCUAUCAGCUGCUGAGGUUCGAGUCGAUUUCAGUGGAGACCUUCACCUUCGGUAACGAGCAGUACGUCGUGUUUGCACAGCCCUUUGCUGGCACGUGCAACUUCCUGGAAUGGGAUCAUGUUGAGAUGACCUUUAGAACGUAUGACGCAAUCGAAAGCACCUCCACCGUUGUCUGCAAGCCUAUGGUGAUUGACAACCAGCUGUUCGUCAUUGUGGCCCAGCUGUUUGGAGGCUCCCACAUCUACAAACGUGACUCCUCUGCCAACAAGUUCAUCAAGAUCCAGGACAUCGACAUUCUGAGGAUUCGCAAACCGAACGACAUUGAGACCUUUGUGAUUGAUGGAGAAUCUUUCUUUGUCAUUGCUGACAGCUCUAAGGCUGGAUCCACGACCGUAUACAAAUGGAACGGCAUUGGCUUCUAUUCCCACCAGCCUCUCCACCCCUGGUACAGGGACACUGAUGUUGAAUAUGUGGAGAUUUCCAACAAACCACACCUGAUUUUGUCCAGCAGCUCCCAAAGGCCUGUUGUGUACCAGUGGAACAGGGUCCAGAAGAAGUUUGACCGCAGGACAGAUAUACCAGACAUGGAGGAUGUGUUCUCCAUCAAACACUUUCGGGUAAAAGGUGAACUGUUCAUAUGCUUGACAAGAUACAUCGGGGACUCCAGGGUGAUGCGCUGGGACGGUGCCAUGUUCAAAGAAGUCCAGACAUUCCCCUCCCGUGGCUCCAUGGUGUUCCAGCCCGUCUCCGUGGGCAAGUGGCAGUAUGCCAUCCUGGGCAGCGAUUUUUCACUGACACAGGUCUACCAAUGGGAUGCUAAGAGGGGGCAGUUUGUCCCAUCUCAGGAGCUCAGUAUUCAGGCGCCACGGGGGUUUUCUGUGGUCUCUGUUGACAACCGGGUGUUCCUGCUCGCAUCCAGCUUUAAGGGGAAAACUCAGAUUUACGAGCACCUCAUGAUCGAUUUGAGUGAUUAAAGUCACCAUUUGUUUGGGAUACUUUGGUGUUUAAAUUCACUUUCCUGUUACGGUGUAGAAUCACGAGUCCAAAUUUAAAUUAAUUAACUGUGUCCUGCCAUAGGUUACACCUAGGAGGCCUUGGAAGUAGCGUAUAAGCCAGACUGUUAACCAAUUUGGAAUUAGUUUUUUUUUUUUCAAAUGAAAAAAAGAGAAUCAAGCCAUAAACUUACUUUUAUUAAUUUUCAAGUGAUUUUUCUGCUGCAAUUUUGUGUUUUACAAAUUCCCAACAUCUUUUUAAUGUUGAAAUUUGUCUCUAACAAAUGGGGUGAAAAGUUUUGUGUACCUUUGACUUUCUUCUUCAGUUUGUCAAGCCAGUUCAGGGAAAUGUAUUUUAGCAUAAAUGUUUCUGCUUGUUUUUGACAUGUUUCACAUGAAAGGAAAAUCUUAACAUAUAAAGUGUCUUUGUAAGAUGUUGCUCUUCCAUAUCUGCUCUGAACAGAUUGAUGCAGCCUGGCAUUGGCUGUUUAAAGAUGUAGCGCUCUAAAUACGGGAACACUAAUUCUGCCAUAUGAUAAUCCAAGUACUCCUUUGAUUGUUUCAAAUCUUUAGGGUUUAGUAGAUAUAUCAUGACUACAUGAAAUGGCACAAAUUAAAUAUUCAACAGGAGAGCUGAGAGACUCUUUGAGGACAGAAUUUCUUGUUUGGUCCCAAAACUCAAAUCCUCUAGGGCUGGUGUCCUGAGACGCUUAAAUGAUCUGUAGAUUUUUCAUCCAACUUUAUUCUUUGUGUUAUACCUUGCAGAAGUAAUCGCACAUCUUUAACUUUUCCACAACGGUUUUAUAAUUUUUCACAGUCGCUUUUUUAACAGGAUUCUCUUCCAUUUAGCUGCAUCCAUCUCCCCAUCCACCCGGAUUUGGGUUCAGGCACCAUUGGUGUUUGGUGUAUACGUCAGAAAGUUUCAUUUUGCUCUCCUUUGGCCACAGAGCUUUCUUCGCUCUGUCUGCUGUGUCCAUGUCAUGGGUCCCGGCAAACUGCGGGUGGUUAGUCUGUAUUGCUCUUCUUUACCAACAAUGGUUUUGCUUUUGUCAACACCCCCGUUGAAGAAAAGCUACCAUUGCUGUUUUUCACUGCAACGAUGGUCUGUUUAGAGUGUGUUGGUUGCAUUUAGACUAAACAAGCUGAACCCAUUGGACCACAGCAUUGUAUUCCCCGUUAGCCGUAUCUCUUGUGUUAAACCGCUAACUGGGCUUCUUGUGGCUUUUCUCUUGUCACUGUUCCAUAAGAAAUUGUGAAGUGCUCCAAUGAAGUCGUGUCCCCAGAUAAACCUAAACUGUGCAUCUCAGCAGUUCCUCCAGAGUCAUUGUUGGCC